AUGUGGCUCCUGGCGCUGUGUCUGGUGGGGCUGGCAGGGGCUCAACGGGGGGGAGGGGGUCCCAGCGGCGGCUCCCCGGGGGGCCCGGGCUUGGGCCUCAGCAGCCUCGGGGAGGAACGCUUCCCAGUGGUGAACACGGCCUAUGGGCGAGUGCGCGGUGUGCGGCGCGAGCUCAACAACGAGAUCCUGGGCCCCGUCGUGCAGUUUUUGGGCGUUCCCUACGCCACGCCACCCCUGGGCGCCCGCCGCUUCCAGCCGCCCGAGGCCCCCGCCUCCUGGCCCGGCGUGCGCAACGCCACCGCCCUGCCGCCCGCCUGCCCGCAGAACCUGCACGGGGCGCUUCCCGCCAUCAUGCUGCCCGUGUGGUUCACCGACAACUUGGAGGCGGCCGCCACCUAUGUGCAGAACCAGAGCGAAGACUGCCUGUACCUCAACCUCUACGUGCCCACCGAGGACGGUCCGCUCACAAAAAAACGUGACGAGGCGACGCUCAAUCCGCCAGACACAGAUAUCCGGGACUCCGGGAAGAAGCCGGUGAUGCUGUUUCUGCACGGUGGCUCCUACAUGGAGGGGACCGGGAACAUGUUCGACGGCUCCGUCCUGGCCGCCUACGGCAACGUCAUUGUAGCCACGCUCAACUACCGGCUUGGGGUGCUCGGCUUUCUCAGCACCGGGGACCAGGCAGCCAAAGGCAACUAUGGACUCCUGGACCAGAUCCAGGCCCUGCGCUGGCUCAGUGAGAACAUCGCCCACUUUGGGGGUGACCCUGAGCGCAUCACCAUCUUCGGAUCAGGGGCAGGGGCCUCCUGUGUCAACCUUCUGAUCCUCUCUCACCAUUCAGAAGGGUUGUUCCAGAAGGCCAUCGCCCAGAGCGGCACGGCCAUCUCCAGCUGGUCGGUCAACUACCAGCCGCUCAAGUACACGCGGCUGCUGGCGGCCAAAGUGGGCUGCGACCGGGAGGACAGUGCGGAGGCCGUGGAGUGCCUGCGCCGGAAGCCCUCGCGGGAGCUGGUGGACCAGGAUGUGCAGCCCGCCCGCUACCACAUCGCCUUUGGGCCCGUGGUGGACGGUGACGUCGUCCCCGAUGACCCUGAGAUCCUCAUGCAGCAGGGGGAGUUCCUCAACUACGACAUGCUCAUUGGCGUCAACCAAGGAGAGGGCCUCAAGUUCGUAGAGGACUCCGCGGAGAGCGAGGACGGCGUGUCCGCCAGCGCCUUUGACUUCACCGUCUCCAACUUUGUGGACAACCUGUACGGCUACCCGGAGGGCAAGGAUGUGCUUCGGGAGACCAUCAAGUUCAUGUACACGGACUGGGCCGACAGGGACAAUGGCGAGAUGCGGAGAAAGACCCUGCUGGCGCUCUUUACAGACCACCAGUGGGUGGCACCGGCUGUAGCCACCGCCAAGCUACACGCUGACUACCAGUCCCCUGUCUACUUUUAUACCUUCUACCACCACUGCCAGGCCGAGGGCCGGCCCGAGUGGGCAGACGCAGCGCACGGGGACGAGCUGCCCUACGUCUUUGGCGUGCCCAUGGUGGGUGCCACCGACCUCUUCCCCUGCAACUUCUCCAAGAAUGAUGUCAUGCUCAGCGCUGUGGUCAUGACCUACUGGACCAACUUCGCCAAGACUGGCGACCCCAACCAGCCGGUGCCGCAGGACACCAAGUUCAUCCACACCAAGCCCAACCGCUUCGAGGAGGUGGUGUGGAGCAAGUUCAACAGCAAGGAGAAGCAGUACCUGCACAUCGGCCUGAAGCCGCGCGUGCGCGACAACUACCGCGCCAACAAGGUGGCCUUCUGGCUGGAGCUCGUGCCGCACCUGCACAACCUGCACACGGAGCUCUUCACCACCACCACGCGCCUGCCCCCCUAUGCCACACGCUGGCCGCCGCGCCCACCCCCCGGCGCCCCAGGCACGCGCCGCCCCCCACCGCCGGCCACGCUGCCGCCUGAGCCCGAGCCCGAGCCGGGCCCCCGCGCCUACGACCGCUUUCCCGGGGACUCCCGAGACUACUCCACCGAGCUCAGCGUCACGGUGGCCGUGGGCGCCUCGCUCCUCUUCCUCAACAUCCUGGCCUUCGCCGCGCUCUACUACAAGCGGGACCGGCGGCAGGAGCUGCGGUGCCGGCGGCUCAGCCCCCCCGGCGGCUCAGGCUCCGGGGUGCCGGGCGGGGGCCCCCUGCUCCCCGCCGCCGGCCGCGAGCUGCCGCCCGAGGAGGAGCUGGUGUCCCUGCAGCUGAAGCGGGCCGGGGGCGUCGGGGCGGACCCCGCCGAGGCCCUGCGCCCCGCCUGCCCGCCCGACUACACCCUGGCCCUGCGACGGGCCCCGGACGACGUACCUCUGCUGGCCCCCGGGGCCCUGACCCUGCUGCCCAGCGGCCUGGGGCCCCCGCCGCCCCCACCGCCUCCCUCCCUGCACCCCUUCGGGCCCUUCCCCCCGCCGCCCCCCACCGCUACCAGCCACAACAACACGCUACCGCACCCCCACUCCACCACUCGGGUAUAGGGGGAAGCUGGCGGGGGAGGCCCCCCUCCCCAGCCCUCCCCGCCGCCGCUGCUGCCGCCA